GACAGUAACCUUCCACGAGGAACUGCCUUUCCCAUUUGCUACUAGAGUUAACGGGUGUUUCCUGCUGGCAGAAUCAGGGACAUGACAGCACUAGCGGGAUGAGUGGGUGCUCCGGCGGGGAUGUGGUCAUUUCGGACCAGUGAGAGCGGGAGUGCUACAGCCCACUUCUUCCUUGGAGCUGGAGAUGAGGGGCUGGGCACCCGUCAUCGAAUAGGCAUGAGGACAGAAGACAGUGACAGCGAGCUCCUUGAGGAUGAGGAGGAUGAAAUGCCUCCUGAGCCUCAGAUCAUUGUUGGCAUCUGUGCCAUGACGAAGAAAUCCAAGUCCAAGCCAAUGACCCAAAUCCUAGAGAGACUCUGCAGAUUUGACUACCUGACUGUUAUUAUCCUGGGAGAAGAUGUGAUCCUCAAUGAACCUGUGGAAAACUGGCCAUCCUGCCACUGCCUCAUUUCUUUCCACUCCAAAGGCUUUCCUCUGGACAAAGCUGUUGCUUACUCCAAGCUUCGAAACCCCUUUCUUAUCAAUGACCUGGCUAUGCAGUAUUACAUCCAGGAUAGGAGGGAGGUGUACCGGAUCCUGCAGGAGGAGGGUAUUGAUCUGCCUCGAUAUGCUGUGCUCAACCGUGACCCUGCCAGGCCUGAGGAGUGCAACCUAAUAGAAGGUGAAGACCAGGUAGAGGUAAACGGAGCUGUCUUUCCCAAGCCCUUUGUGGAGAAGCCCGUGAGUGCCGAGGACCACAAUGUUUACAUCUACUACCCCAGCUCAGCGGGAGGAGGAAGCCAGCGCCUCUUUCGUAAGAUCGGCAGCCGAAGCAGCGUUUAUUCUCCUGAGAGCAGCGUCCGAAAGACAGGGUCAUACAUCUAUGAGGAGUUUAUGCCAACAGAUGGCACAGAUGUCAAGGUAUAUACCGUGGGGCCAGACUAUGCCCAUGCUGAAGCCAGAAAAUCUCCAGCUUUGGAUGGGAAAGUCGAACGAGACAGUGAAGGAAAAGAGAUUCGCUAUCCAGUCAUGCUGACUGCCAUGGAAAAGCUGGUGGCCAGGAAAGUCUGUGUAGCUUUUAAGCAAACAGUGUGUGGUUUUGACCUUCUUCGUGCCAAUGGUCAUUCCUUUGUAUGUGAUGUCAAUGGCUUCAGUUUUGUCAAGAAUUCGAUGAAAUACUACGAUGAUUGUGCCAAGAUUCUGGGGAACACCAUAAUGCGAGAACUUGCCCCACAGUUCCAGAUCCCAUGGUCCAUCCCCACAGAGGCAGAGGACAUUCCCAUUGUCCCUACCACAUCUGGCACUAUGAUGGAACUUCGUUGUGUCAUUGCAAUUAUUCGUCAUGGGGAUCGUACCCCCAAGCAGAAGAUGAAGAUGGAAGUGACACACCCAAGGUUUUUUAGUCUGUUUGAAAAGCAUGGUGGUUACAAGACAGGGAAAUUAAAACUAAAGCGGCCCGAACAGCUGCAGGAGGUGCUGGACAUUGCAAGGCUGCUGUUGGCUGAACUGGAGAAAGAACCAGGUGGUGAGAUCGAGGAGAAGACUGGGAAGCUAGAGCAGCUGAAGUCUGUGCUGGAGAUGUAUGGUCAUUUCUCAGGCAUCAACCGGAAGGUGCAGUUGACUUACUAUCCUCAUGGAGUGAAAGCUUCUAAUGAGGGGCAAGAUCCACAGCAGGAGGCUGUGGCUCCAUCUCUCUUGCUGGUACUAAAGUGGGGUGGAGAACUGACUCCCGCUGGUCGUGUUCAGGCUGAGGAGCUGGGGCGAGCUUUUCGCUGCAUGUACCCUGGAGGACAGGGUGACUAUGCUGGCUUCCCUGGCUGUGGGCUGCUUCGGCUUCAUAGCACUUUCCGCCAUGAUCUCAAGAUCUAUGCAUCUGAUGAGGGCCGUGUCCAGAUGACUGCCGCUGCCUUUGCCAAGGGCCUUUUGGCUCUAGAAGGGGAGCUGACACCCAUUUUGGUACAAAUGGUGAAGAGUGCCAACAUGAAUGGUCUCCUGGACAGUGAUGGUGAUUCCUUGAGCAGCUGCCAGCACCGAGUGAAGGCUCAACUUCACCAUAUUUUGCAGCGGGAUGCACCCUUUGGCUCUGAGGAUUAUGAUCAGCUGGCUCCAACUGGAAGCACUUCCCUACUCAACUCCAUGGCUGUCAUUCAGAAUCCUGUAAAGGUCUGUGAUCAGGUAUUUGCCCUGAUUGAAAACCUUACUCACCAGAUCCAGGAACGGAUGCAGGACCCCAAAUCUGUAGACGUGCAACUCUACCACAGUGAGACACUAGAGCUAAUGCUACAGCGUUGGAGCAAGCUGGAGCGUGACUUUCGACAGAAGAGUGGACGCUAUGAUAUCAGUAAGAUCCCUGACAUCUAUGACUGUGUCAAGUAUGAUGUGCAGCACAAUGCGAGUCUGGGACUUCAAGGCACAGCAGAGUUGCUACGUCUCUCUAAGGCAUUGGCUGAUGUGGUCAUUCCCCAGGAGUACGGGAUCAGUCGGGAGGAGAAACUGGAAAUUGCCGUGGGCUUCUGUCUUCCACUGUUGCGGAAGAUACUACUUGACCUGCAGAGAACCCACGAGGAUGAGUCUGUCAACAAGCUGCAUCCCCUGUAUUCCCGAGGAGUGCUCUCCCCAGGCCGCCACGUUCGAACACGUCUCUAUUUCACCAGUGAAAGCCAUGUCCACUCCCUGCUCAAUGUCUUCCGUUACGGGGGACUUCUUGAUGAAACCAAGGAUGCACAAUGGCAGCGAGCUUUGGCUUACCUUAGUGCCAUCUCGGAGCUCAACUACAUGACCCAGAUUGUCAUCAUGCUCUAUGAGGACAACACACAGGAUCCCUUAUCAGAGGAACGAUUCCAUGUGGAGCUGCACUUCAGCCCUGGAGUGAAAGGUGUCGAGGAAGAAGGCAGUGCACCAACUGGCUAUGGAUUCCGUCCAGCCUCUUCUGAGAAUGAGGAGAUGAAAACUGACCAGGGCAGCAUGGAGAACCUGUGCCCAAGGAAGGCAUCAGAUGAGCCAGACCGUGCAUUGCAGACUUCACCCCAGCCCUCUGAGGGUCCUGGCCUCCCAAGGAGAUCACCCCUCAUUCGUAACCGAAAAGCUGGCUCCAUGGAGGUGCUUUCUGAGACUUCAUCUUCCAGGCCUGGUGGCUACCGGCUCUUUUUGUCUUCACGGCCACCUACGGAGAUGAAGCAGAGUGGCCUAGGCUCACAGUGCACAGGGCUAUUCAGCACCACAGUGCUGGGUGGCUCCUCCAGCGCCCCGAAUCUUCAGGACUACGCCCGCAGCCAUGGCAAAAAGCUACCACCUGCCAGUCUGAAGCAUCGAGAUGAGUUCUUGUUUGUCCCGGCCGUAAAACGAUUUUCUGUGUCGUUUGCAAAGCAUCCGACUAACGAGCUGCUGGAUGACCAGCACCCUGUGGUCCGGUUGCUGCGCCGUUUUUCCUCUGACUGCCCAGGGGGCCAGCCAGUCUCCUUGGAUGCCACGCUGGCGCAUCACCUGCACCAGUGCUCCUACCACCUGCGCCUCUUCCGGAACUGGCUGCGCUCAGGCCAGGAUGACCCCGAGUGCCUCUACGGAUUUGAAGGGUGCUCCAUGGUGCCUACCAUCUACCCCCUAGAAACACUGCAUAAUGCCCUUUCGCUGCGUCAAGUAAGUGAAUUCUUGAGUGGAGUCUGCCAGCGCCACACUGAUGCCCAAGCACAGGCAUCUGCAGCCCUCUUUGAGUCUAUGCACAGCAACCAGGCCUCAGAUGGCACAUUUUCCCCACCCCGUACUCUUCAUUCACCUACCAUGCAACUCCGGCAGCGCUCUGAGAAGCCCCCUUGGUACAGCAGUGGCCCUUCCAGCACUGUGUCCAGUGCUGGUCCUUCCUCCCCUACUGCAGUGGAUGGUAAUUACCCAUUUGGCUUCAGUGAUAAACCCUCCCUAAGUUCACACGAGGCUGAAGAAUGUCAAGGCCUUGGGCUGCGCCAGGAGAUCCCUGGGAAUGGAGCACAAGAGCUCUUCAUAGAAGGGGAGCAAAAGCCUUUUGAACCAAACCAGUUCCCACAGGAACCACCUGUGGAAACCAGCCAGCCAUGCCAGGAAGUUGCUGAGGAGGUCAGCCAGCCAUGUCAUCAGGCCCCUGACAUUAGCCAGCCAUGCCAGGACGUCCCUGAAGAGGUCAGUCAGCCAUGCCAGGAGGUCCCUGACAACAGCCAGCCAUGCCAGGAGGUCCCUGACAACAGCCAGCCAUGCAAGGAGACCCAUGAUGAUGGUAACCAGACAUGCCAGGAGGUCACUCAGAUCAACCAACUGUGCAAGAAAGUUUCAGAGGAAGCUUGCAAGCUUUUCCAGGAGAACCCUGAGGAGGUCAGCCUGCCAUGCCAAGGGGUCUCUGUGGAAGUUGGCAGGCUGGUCCAUGGGUUUCCUGAAGGGGUUGGUGGCCUGGUCCAGGAAAUCCUUGUGGAAGUUGGCAAGCCAGCCCAAGAGAUCCCUGAGGAGCUCAGCCAACCGUGCCAGGAGUUCUCUUUGGAGGUUGACAGACUGGCCCAAGAAGCUCCUGCAACCCCUCUCUUAUCUCAGGAUAUCCCUGAGGUUGAUACACCAUCCCAAGCGUUCCCAGAGGAGGGUGGUCUGCAGGUCCAGGAGGGCCCUGAGGAGGUUAAUCAGCAGUCCUGGGUGGUCCCUGAGGUCACUGACCAGCUGCCUGGAGAGGAUGUUCCCCAAGCCCAGUGUCCAUCUAGUGAUCCAAACCCUCACUCAGAGCCAGUCUCUAGCCCAUGACCAAAACUUAUCCCUUCCACCAGCAACACGUGAUGAAUCAUUUUCUCAUUGACGGUGUCAUAAUAUACCAGCCAUUUGAGCUAGCCACUUUUUCUGUUGGCUCACUCACCUGCCAGCAUAAGGCCUUGGACCUUACCGGAGGUGUCUGAGGAAGCAGCCCUCUUGUCAUGAAGCAUACCUGUGCUGGGGCUGGGGCUGGGCUUGGUGAGGGGCCCAGCUCGUGUUCAAAGCAGCCAUUGACUCCUCACCAAGCCAUUAGAUUUGAAUAGGAUUUCCUUUAAGGGGUGGGCUGGUCUAUCAUUACCCAGCCUCCUCUGAGCAUCCCAGGAAAUUCCAGAUUGUUAAAGGAAAUGCAUCUUAACUGCUGAAGACACCAUCCCGGGACAACAAGUGCAAAAGGGGAUUCCAAGGUCUUCACUUUUCUGAGGAAACAUUCACAAUGUCCCAAAGUCCUUUAGACCAUUUGUGCACUCAGGGGGACUCUUGUCUUGGCUGGCACUCCUCAGAUGGGCCCAGGAUGGCUGUCUGAAAUGUCUGGCAAAGAGUCCUCUUACUAAACAAACAUCCAUCAUGGCCACUAAUCUUUAGAUUGGGCUUAUGGGUAUUUCCAUAUCAUCCCCAAGUGCCCUCUCUGCCCCUGUCCUGUGAAGAGGGCAAUAGCUCUAUGGAAAAAUAGGUAUUAGAUUGCUGUGAAAAUUUCAGAGUAACUACUUAAAAUGCUUUUGGGGUUCUUGACCAAUCUGUGAAGCGAGGCCUCUUUUGUUGUGGGGCUUUUUGGCUUAGAAGAUGCUGUAGUAGAGAAAAUCAGGUUCUAUUUUUAAGCAAUCAGCAGAGAUAAAUAUUGUACAGACAUGAGCAAAGAUUAUAUAUAUAUAUGGUAGUGCCAGGGACAGACUGGCCAAAGAACAAACACUCUAGGGUUUCCAAGAGGUUUGUCCUUCUAUCAUUGUGUCUUUAGGGCCAGGUGUGAUUAUGAAGCUAAUCCCAAAGAUCUGGGGAUGGGAAUGAGGGUGGGUAAGAGGGGUAAUGCUGUCAUUAGAGUGGGGGGCCGGAACAUUAUGAGUGCUCAAUAAAUAUGAAGUAAUGAGAAUGGUAGAGGUGGUGAUAUCAUUGUGAACUCAAG